AGCUCUUCUCAUCAAAGCCCACUCCAUGCCCUUUCAAGUGCAGCCAUCAACAAUGGCCAGCGUGGUUAAGGGCCUCUACAGCCUACGACCAGAGUGGGCCCAGCUCGCUCCUGCUCUCUUCUCUGGGUUUAUUCCUCAAAUCAACCCUCCUGCUGUGGAGUCUCUGCUGUCGGACUACGCUGCACAUGACCAGAAGCUACAGAUGGAGCUCUCCAUGAACGGAUUCCCACGAGGUGACCAGUCUCGAAAACGAGCCAGCGAGGACUCCUGAUAGCAGCGCCAUCUCCACCAGAUCUGUUGCACAACUAUUACUGUGCCUCCUACGUCUUUAUCACAAGUGGUCUCACUGAACUAGGUACAAUGCUAACAAUGUGUCAGUUUCAUUUCUCUCGACUCAAGGUCACAAAACACUGUGAACAACAAAGGAGAACAUGAUGUUGAGCGGAAACUUACUCUUACUGCACUGAUAAAAAGCACACAGACUUCCAUUAUGGUGCUUCCCCCCCUGUGAUUAUGAUGCGUCUAGCUUCAGUAAGUGUGCGCGCUGGGAUGGAUUUCCUCAUGUUCUGCUCGUUUGAAGAGUGCCUUCGUGGUGUCUGUUCGAUGGGAUACCCUGACAAAGGGAUAGUUUGACAAUGGGUAUUUCAUUCCUAACCUUUAACAUGGAAGUGUCUUGUGUUGUUUUUAUAGACGGGGCUAAUCAAGACUUUCUAUUGCUGCUAAUAAUACUGUCCACGUGUUAAUACCACAAUCCUUUGGUUUCCCCCACUGUGUGUGUGUAACCCAGUGGCUACAGUCAACACAUAUCAUGAGGAAAGAAGUUGGAACUUAAGUCAUUGACCUCAACUAUGAUUCUCUUCCUCAUGUUGCCUUUACUGCAUUGGUAAACCAGAUUGUAUUUUCCAGUUACGCCAAAGAGGAUUGCAGUACUUUUUGUGUCUCCUUUAUAUAUAAGGCAUUGGAUUCAAGCUGACGUGCUAUCCAAGUCACUGAGCCAUCUAAUUUUUUAAUACUAACAACUUUUGAGCUUUGGUUUACCUGCGUGUUUAUUAGGCUGGAGUCAGAUUCUUCCUUUAAAUACAGCAGAAGUCAGUGCAGCCCUUUGCAAUCUCCCUUAAAUGUCAGAUGAUUCAAAAUGUUAUUGUCUUGUAGUAAGUGCAUUAAUUGUUGAACUGUGGGGUAUUUGAAAAAAAAAAAAGUGGUUGUUUUUUUUUAUAUUAAACACACUGACCCACUGUAAGAAACAAAAGUCACUAAGAAUCAGAUCUUUAAUUUUUUCCCUAGUUCUUAUGUCCACCGUCAUAUUUGACGACAGACUCAGUCCUCCUCUGCAUGGAAGAGGCCAGUCUAGCACGGAUUUCCAGCUCUUUGCUGGAGGGGUUGCAUUGUUCUACCGUUCUCUUCAAAUACCCCAAAGAUGUUCUAUGAGAUUCAAGUCAGGUGACAUUCUUGGCAGGCUUCUUUGGCUUUCUUUCAUUUUUAAAUUUAUUCUUGCAAUUUAGUGCCAAAGAUCAGGAAAGAUUUCCUUUUUUCUUGAAGGCUAUCCGUCAAAGUUGAUGUUAUGAACUGUCCUCCAUAUUGUCUGAGCUGUGACAGAAACUCUGAUUUCUAUUAAUAACUCCUGUGCCAAGUCUAAAAACACCUGCCUGUCUGUUUUUCAGAGGUAGAUUGUCAAAAUAACGCGCUGUUCGUGGUGUCAUGUUAGGAGAUGAUACACUUUGGAAUCAUUUUGAUCAUUAAAGGGGUUUUGCACAGGGCUGCUCUCACUGCUGUCAUAUACUGUAACCUAUUUGAUGUUUCACUGAGUGUCAGGAAGCUUACAGAACUACACAACAGUAUUUGAUGAUUUCCUCAUUUUUCUUCAGCUUGCCUGAAUUGUCCCUUAACCUGAUGCUUCAUUGAUUUAACAAAACAAAUGAUAUGCAAAUAUGUUUAGGUCUGGCACACUUGUGCAUUAAAUGUUCCUAACAUGUAUAGCCUGUUCAUGAUGUAAAUAGUUUGUUUUUUUCUCUGCGUAGCGCUCCAUGUACAUUAGCUAUCGUCAUAGAUGCUUUUUUUUUUUCCUUUUUCUUUUUUAAGGAUUCACUUGAAAUAGAAGUAUUUGAUACAAGGUCUUACACUGUUUUAAGUGUGAUUAGAUGCUCAGGCUUGCUUUUUGUUUCAAACAUGGUUAUCAUCUGUCUAAUAAACUAAUUUUAUGACUCAUGGGACACAGGGCACAGAGGUGAUUCUGUUUUUCGUUAUUCAAGAUUUAAUUGGGUCUUGAUCUCAUCAAUAAGUAGGCAUUACAGAAAAACAAACUGAUACAGCAGAGGGAAAUCUGAAUCAGUGCUGAUGCCAAACACUGGAUGUUCUAAGUUACUUCUAUCACGUUUUCUUUAACAUUCUAUAUCCACGUUAUGACUACUGUGAAUAAAAUUCCACUUGCCUCAAA